CUAUGCAUUUUGACACCUAAUUGGACACUGAUAGGGUCUAUACAAUUUAUUUCGGUUUAGGGGGAUGUACUGUGACUGUUUGGGUUUUAUACAUUUUUGUAAUUUUAAGUUCAAAAUUUAUUGUUCGCAGUUGAACGCAACAAUAUUAUCAACCAAUUUAAGCAACAGCAACACAAUUUAUAUAUAAUGUCUUAUCAAUUGUAUAGGAAUACAACUUUGGGCCACACGUUACAAGAAAGCUUAGACGAAUUGAUCCAGUAUGGUCAAAUUACACCACAGUUGGCUUGUAAAGUUUUACUACAAUUUGAUAAAUCUAUUAAUCAAACACUAGCUAACCGAGUAAAAUCAAGAUUAACAUUUAAAGCAGGAAAACUGAACACCUACCGGUUUUGUGACAAUGUUUGGACAUUUAUGUUAAAUGAUGUGGAAUUUAGAGAAGUGCAAGAAAUUACAAAAAUUGAAAAAGUAAAAAUUGUGGCUUGUGAUGGGAAAAAUGUGACAGAAGAAGGUAGUUCGAAGAAAUAACUAGAUCAAUGUAAUACAUAAGUGAAAGUUAACACAAAUUUAGAAGAAUCCAAAUUGAUGAAGUGCGAAAUGUCCUUUUGACUAACAAAUGUUAGAUGUUGCUUCAGUGAAGUGAAAUAGUUUUAUUAUAUUAAGUAUGUGUACUGUAUCAAGGUUUUGAAGAGACAUAUGAAUCUAUAAGAGACAAUUAAUUUUAAUUACCCCGUACAUUUAAAUAAUCGUUACUGUACUUAUGAUGAUAUCAAUUUUGCUUUAAAUUUUCUUUAUUAUUUACCUUUUUACAUUUUAUAUUAUAAUUACUGUACAUUAAUUGAUGUGUAAAAUAUAUUUGUAUAUAUA